AUGAACACUCCAUUACAUGGAAAGUCAUUCACAGAAUGGGACAACUUUAUUAGAAAGCAAUGGAGUGGAAUAAAAAUCCCUCCUUUUACUGGGAAAACGGGAACAGACAAAGAAGAAAUAAGGAAAACGUGCAAAUGGCAACCUCCAAAGCAUGGAUGGUUCAAAUUAAAUUUUGAUGGAGCAUCUAGAGGAAACCCUGGUACUGCAGGGGCAGGAUGUAUAAUACAUUUAGAUAAAGGGAAGAGUAUUGGAUCAAAAUCCAUUCAUUUAGGACAGACCACCAACAAUACCGAUGAAUUCCUAAGCCUCAUAGAAGGAUUAAAGAUGUGCAGAGAACUAAGGAUACAUAAAGUAGAAAUUGAAGGUGACUCAGCAUUAAUAAUCAAUGCAAUUAGGAAUAAAGGAAUGUCUAAUUGGAAGCUUAAAGGUAUUCUUGAUAAAGCAUUGGAAUUACUCAAUUAUUUCACAGAUUUCACUAUCAACCACAUAUACAGAGAGGCAAACUUGGCAGCUGAUGCUCUAGCCAAUUUAGGGGCAGAUGGGAUAACUAGGACAACGAUUAAUAUUUCAGACUUUACUGAUAAGGAACAAGUUGGAUAA